UUUCAAUUUUAAUUGCAUGUUAAUUAAAGUAGAUUACGUCAAAGUGUAUCAAUUGGAGGUUAUGGCGAAUGUUUUGAUCUGUUGAUAGCAUUUUGCACACUUUGAAUCACUUGUCUAUGGAACGAGAACAUUUAUAACCAAUUGGUAUUAAGAACUAUUGUACCCUUUCUUUCAUAAUUAUCAUUAAUAAUAAAAUGAUCGCAAACGAGGCUCGUGUGAUAAGUGGUAUGGUCUCAACGCCACCUUGGGAGCACGUAUGGUUCCCUGUCAUAAACGCUCUAUCGAUAAUCAAUCACAUUCACCGGCCAUAAUUCAAUGGAGAUAAACUCAUUUGAUCAUCCCACGUCUCCGAUUUUCCCAAUAAAAAUGCAAUAGGCCGGUGUUGCUGUGUCCAACAGAAUCUGCUAAAACCUCGGAAGUGUACAUUUAUUAUCCUAAAACCCAAGCCUCUGAGACCAGCUUUAAUUGUAUGAGGAGAAAUUGAUUGAUUAUUGCGUGCCAGCGAAAUUAUCUAGCAGUUCGUACUCAAUUAUGUCGAAGGGCAGUGUAUGCACGAUAAUGGGCCGUCCUCCAAAGGUUCAACGACAUCAAGCCAUACAAUGUUUUAUCAAAUUUAUGGACAUAUUACAAACCAACGAUUUUCCCGUGGCAUCAGAUAAAGUAUGGAGGGAAAUGAGUAAGGAGCUCAAGGAGAAGUGGACUGCGCACUCUGUAUACACUCAUGUCAGAGACAACAAAAACGGUUGCCUGCAGGAGGCUCGUAAAAUUUGUUGGGUCACAACACCACCACCCCUAUCACGGCCUCGGAGCAGAGCUAAGCUCGAUGACACUCUCCCUGAAUGUUCCACUCUCUUAGAUGAUUCGUUCGAUCCUACUGAUCACGUGUUUGAGCUUGAAAACAUUGAUCCCUGUCUAGAAGAAUUUGAUAUCUUCCUGUCACCUGAAGACUGGGAGAAAAUAAAACCAGAGAAUCUGUCAGAGCCUGGACUAACACGUUUAAAGGCAGGUGUCUGGCCUUACGUGAUAAGUAAUGCGUUCUAUCAAAGGUACAAGAUCCCUUGUGCCAUGAUUGCGAAGUGGUCCCAAGUUCGUGUUGAGGAAAAUGGCUCUUUCAAAUUAAGUUUCCACGCUAUCUGUAAGAGUGAAAAGUGUGGAAAUGUCUUCUCCGGCAGUGCCAACGAGCAGCCCGUCAAUGGCAAACUUACCUUGAAGGUACGAGCACGUGACACCCGCGGUCAGCCACACGAAGAUGUCAAACGCCCUUUACGAGGCUCAGAGAGAGCUGAGGUGGCUCAAGAGCUACUGAAGCAACGGCCGGAAAACUAUCGGCGGGAGUUGCUCCGUAAAGGUAUGGAUUUUGGCCAGUCAGUUCCACCAAACAUUCGCCCGGGCAACAUAUAUCGCCAGGCGAGAUACGAGGCUCAACAAAAACUUGAUGGGAUCCUCCCGGGGGAUAAGAGAGAUCAACUGACGAUACUCAGAGAUCUUACCGCAGAUCCAAGGUACUCCCACAUCAUCAUUGAGCUAGCCUUGAGCCCAUUCCACUUAAUGUAUUGCACACCGGAACAGGUGUACUCAUACAGAGAGUACUGUCGCCUAGUGAAGAAUUCAAUCGUCAUGGCAGAUGCAACAGGCUCACUGGUGAAGAAGUUUGAGAAAGCUCUUGGGUCUUUCACAGGUCAUAUAUUCCUUUAUGUACUGACCAUAAGGUUUAAAAACAAGACCUUCCCAUUUGCGCAAGUUUUGGCAGAUAAGCAAGACUGUCCUUUCCUCACGUAUUGGAUGGGAAUUCUCGCGACAAGAUUGGGAUUACCACCACCCAAACAAGCUCUCAGUGACCAGGAACGUGCGCUGCUCAUGGCACAUUGCCAAGUUUACAAUGGUCGUACCAUUAAGCAAUACGUUGAUGAUGUUUUUACUUGGGGGUGUGACGAGAAUAACAAUCAGGGCAAACCUUUCCCUGCUCCGACUGUUAUUCGCAUCGAUGUGGCUCAUUUCAUGGCUGCCGCAGCUAGGUGGAACUGCUUUAAAGACCGAGACAAAUUUCGUGCCAAGCGAUUCUAUGUCAGAACGAUUGCUUUGCUUGUUGACUGCCAGUCGAUACAAGAGUUCCAACUCGUUUUCCUUCUCAUCUGUCUCGUGGCGUUAAUGCCUGUGAAUGAUCAUGGGAUUGACUUGCCUGAGAAGACAAAUCCACUGGUCAACCGUAGUAUUCAUUUGGGGAUAAGAAAAAUUACGGCGGACCAGGCCCGAGCAAAACUAGAGCAAUACAUUGCUCUACGUGGUCUCAUAAUCGACAAUCUACAGGAGCACAGUGAGAACGCGGAGAUGGAAAUUACGGCCAACUUUCAGCACCUCCCGGAAGAAAUUUCUACCAAGAAGAAUACCCUGACUCAUCAGUGGAUUAAGGAAUUGAUUUCUCUCGUCAAGCCAGAAAAUCCUGAAACUAUCGUUGGGAAUGUAGAGAACGGACUCUAUCUUCCUCCUCUUGUAGUAGAGUUGGAAAGAAUUGGUAAAGAAUUUGUUCUGUGGAGCUCUGCUGUGCUACCGCCGGGAAUGGACAAGUCACAUGCCUCGACUGCGGCGCAGGAGGGUUAUUUUAAUGAGGUCAAACAUCGUUUAUUUGAAGGGACGAAAUUACCUGUCAGCUGUAAUCGUUUCUUUCGAGCUCAUGUAGAUGACAUCUCGGCUGGAGUCAGAGAAUUAGGAGCCAAUUUGAUAGAGUUUGCACACGAGACAUUUGAUACAUGUAAGGGAAUGAAGCCCGAGAAGGAGCCGAUUGGAGAAAAUGGUGCCACUAAGUCAGAUCAGAAUGAAAGGAGGAAAGAGAAGGUCGAUAGAGGGAAUCCAGAGAGUGAAAAAGAGAAGAAAAGCGACUGGGAUCAGGUAAUUCCAGAAGUUGAGACUGAAUCCAGGGAUGAGGUAAUUGCAGAUGUUCUUGAGCCUGAACCCAAGGAUGAGGUUAUUCCAGAUGUUCUUCAGCCUGAAUCGAAUGUAGUUUCAGAAGACGUCCAAUUCAUUAAUGAUUCAGACUUUCGUUCUCAAAUGAGAUGGCGAGGGAUUAAGAAUGAUAAAAAUGGAUUUUUAUGGCAAUGUGGCGAUGCUUACAUCGAAAUUGAGGAGCUAUCACAAGAAUCAUUCGGCGCUCAAUUGUACACACAAGAAAUUGAUUGUGAUAUUUUUGGGCUGGAAAAUGCUGAAUUACCAAAACUUGUUGGAGGAGAUCUACUUGAUGAAACUCAUGCAGACAACAAUAAUAAUCAACCAUUGAUUGACGCUAAACACAAAACUAAUAAUUCUAAUCCCUCAAAACCAGAAUCAUCAACGCCAGUGAUAGAACAACCUCAAUUUUCCAGCACUUUCUUGGACUUGAAUGGUAAUGACUCAUCGCAGCUUCUGGAGAUGCUCUUAAUUGACCAAGUGAAUGGAAAUCCUCGAGAAUUGACGCCAAAUCCCCAUCGAUCGAGCAAAGCAUCGAGAAAGAGGAAGCGCGGUGGCUACUUUGAACCAUGUCCAGAGAUCGCAGACAUGAACAGACAGACUAGUGUCAGGAAACCUCGUCAUUUCCUACAGAAUGGUCUACACUGUCCCGUAGUCAAACUGAAUGGAAUAGGAAUCUACGUCAUAAAUACAUGUGCCUUCGAUAGUUUCGUCCACAUUUUUCUCUAUGCAGUUUAUGAUAAUGAAGAUUAUCGUACCAUGGUGGAAUCCUCAGAGGUAGGAUUAUUCAAAUUCCUGACACAGUUCCUGAAACACGGAUCUUUGGUGAAAGUUCUCCAACAACGCUGUUCUCUAUUAGCUGCUCACUAUGAAUUACGUCCGUCUAAAAAUUCCACGAGACUGACACCAGUUACCCUAAAUGCCGAGGACUCAUUAGCCAAUGUCUGGCAACAUUUCUUCGGCGAGCCAGUAGCUAAAAGAACCACGGAAUGUUCAAAUAUCUAUUGUUCCAUUGGUCAAACGACUAAUGUGCCGUAUUUGAUUGUAAGCCACCAAACAAUUUGUGAGCAUGGUUUUAGGAAUCUGGAGAAGGCCAUCGAAAUUAUUCAUAUAAAACAAUGCAAGAAACUCGGAUGUGGCGGACUCAUAACAGUAACAUUGAACUGCCAGGACACGGUAUUCAUUGAACUGGACGUAGCGGACAUUACCCGUGGAACAAGUCUUGGCUGUUGUUUGGAGGACUUCCCUACUCAUUUGAAUCUGGGUAAAGUUUACAGGUUAAUAGGAGUGAUACACUUCGAGCCCAGACACUUUAUAGCAUACGUCCGACGACUUCAGGGGAACUGGAUAGAGUGCGACGACCUGAAAACAAUGAGCAGUGCUGCUCCUGCCACCACCCCCGUGCGACCCUUCGGUGCUGUGUAUAUUCGGUCUUAAAGAAAUUAAUAACUAGAAGUAAGAAGAUAUUUACAUGUAUUAGAAAAUCUAAUCGUUCCGAACGAAAACUGUGCCAAUGAGUUCAAAGAGAUAAAUAUUAACAAUUUAUCGAGUUCCUAUCUGAAAGAGAAACAAUCUCUUUUCUACAUAGAUAGGACUAGCAAAGAAAAGACUGUUAAACUACCUCAUUAUAAGAUUUAUAAACUCUUAGUGCAAAGAGAUCUCGUUCAUUAGGCAGGCACUAUAAAAUAGUCCCACGAUUUUUUCCUGGAGACUUUUCUGGGGAUGAGGGUUGAUGGAGAAGUCAGGAAGAUGGAAUUGUUGACACAGUAACAAAAUUAAUAUUGUUUGUUGAUGGAGGUUGGGACGUUAGUGGUUGAUUCCUGAGUUUGGUUUCUGAUUCUUCCAUUUCACACAAAUUACGCAUGUACUACUGUGUAUUUUUGAGAGAGACAAGUGAUCCCUCAUGUAAUUUUAGGGUAGCCGGGACUUUCUGCAGACCAGGGAUUGCCAAUACCAAAGUCUUAAAUAAUGAGUACAUUGUGAUUGAUUAGUUGAACUAAGUCACGUUUUCAGUCAUUGCAAUAUCCCUGAUUGAAACAACUAUUCCUAAUAUGAUUUGUGGCUAUUUUUAUGUAAAUUGUGAUCCACCGAACCACAAUAUCAAUAUGUUAAAACAUGGCAUGAGAGAAUCAGAUUUGUUUAGCAAUUUCCCAUUUUUCUCUUGAGUAAAAAUAAGACAAAUAUUUUACUAAUUCCCAAAGGUCUCUUAAGCUAGUCACAUUCUGAGGUAAUACUAGAAGAUUCUCAUAGGAAAACUAAAGAGUAUCGCAAAGUGUUCAUUUUUUGUUUUGUUAACUUCAGAAAUUGUUAUACGUGGAGUCAAUGAAGACUUGGUAUUACGUAUAUAUAAACUUGUAGAAGAGAGUUCCAUUAGCGAGGCUCUAAUCUAGAAUCCAUCGUAAAAAUAGUUCAACAAUUGCAUUCGCCGUUGAAACCUCACUGAUGUGAAUAAAAGAUGGUCAUGCACACACUUACACUGCGCAGAAUUUAUUUUACGUACUCCAACUCCAAGUUUUGUGUUUAUUAAGGAACUACAAGAGAGCGAAGUCCAAUAGGAAGCUCAUGCUUCUCUAUCACCUUGAUCUCGCAUUUUCUGACUCAGAUUAUUUUUCAUUGUAUGGAGUCUGAUAACCAUAAAUUUAACCGGGAUCGAUUCGGUGCAACAUUUUCCCUUCCUUUUUUCCUCUCCGAGUCAUUAUCAGAAUGAUCAUCACCAUCCUUCCGGUUCCUCUUGAAAUUUUCUCCCAAGUCAUCAUCCCCAUUCUCAUCAUGCGUCUGUUCCGCUCUUUUCCGUUCCUUCCUCCUCAUUUUUCUCCAUUUUUCUCCGCAAGUAAAGGAGGCAUCUCAGUAAGCAUGGACAAAAGUAUGAACGGAAUUGGAUAAUUUAUUAUGGCAUGUCCAAAGUAAUAACAUAUUGUAAAAAUGCUCUUUUUCAGUAUUUCGAAACGAUUAAGCGACUUUGUCGAAAUUUCAGAGGGAUCCAAGAGAAUCCAAAACAAUCUCAAUGCAUUUCGAAAUAAUUUUAAUGAACUUAGAGAAAUAUUAGAAGCAUUUAGACCCCAAUGGAAGACCCCCUUGGGAAUUCCAAGGUACCACGAAGAGUUUCCAGAAAUUUUCCAGGAAAUUCAGAAAAUGCAGGAAAUUUCCCCUGUCAGACUUCAUGAAAGCUUCGGAGAUGUUCGACUAGUCCUUAGGAAUUUCAAGGGACUCAAGAUUAUUCUACAAAUAUAUUUCCAAGAGAAUCCAAAGAAUUUCCUCGAAGAUUUUCAGAAAUUCUCUGGUUUCCUCGAGAUACCCAGAAAAUCCGGCUAUUUUCUGGAAAAAAGUAAGAAACUUCUAAGAAGAGCGUGAGUCUUAAUUCAGAGGAAUUUUUUCUGAACAUUGGGGAAUGUCUCCAUUUUCGUUCCAGUAGAAGUCCUCGAAUGUGCUACAGAUUUCCGGAAAUUCUUGCAAUUUGGUAGACUUGUUUCAAGUUCCGCCGAACCAGAAAAUGUAUGGAUUCCCUACCAGUCGACUACUAAAUAUUCGAAACUGAAUAUCCAAAGACAUAUUCAGCAUUCGAAGUAAUAGUGAAUGUAUUGUAGGAGUAUUUCAUAUUGUCAGUACUACUGAAUAUCGUGAAUACCGAAUCAGCUGAUGCUGAUGGUAUACAUAUAUACCCUCGGCCGUAAGGGCGUAUGCGCAUGCGCAGCCUGCCCCCAGUCACAAUUAGAAAACCAUUAAUUAAAUAAUAACAGUUAAUUCCUAAACUCUGAAUUAAUGUUUUUUAGACUUCCCAAAUUAUGUUACAUCGAUCUAUGCAAGUCCGAUUAAGAUUCGAACUUACCACCUGCUAACUAUACGCCAAUAAAAGAGUCAUUAAUUAUAAAUAAACUAUUAGUUCCUAAACUAUGCGAAUGUAUUCCUAAACUUUCCUAAACUAUUCCCAAAUGAUUGAGAUUAGAUUCAUCUC